GUACUUGGUAUAGCCUCCCUUUGCCUUCACAAUUGCAUCCACCCUCCUUGGCAUACUUUCAAUCAGAUUCUGACACACUUCCUUCCCAAUAGCCUCCCAUUCCUUCUCUACCCUUUCCCACAACUCAGUAAUUCCCUUUGGUGGCUCCUGAUACUCUGCAAGCUUCUUUUUGAGGUGAUCCCACAAAUUCUCUAUGGAAUUGAGAUCUGGGGAUUGAGAGGGCCAUAUCAUAGUGUUGAAAUCAUGGUCUUUGAACCAAUCCUUGGCCUUCUUGCUGGUGUGCUUGGGGUCAUUGUCUUGCUGAAACACCACAUCCUCCACAGUUUUACCUCAAUCCUCCAGGCUAUUCUGCAGCUCAUCCUCCAGAAUGCUGACAUAAAGGUCUGCAUCCAUCCUGCCAUCAAUCUUGCAGGCAUACCCCACACCAUCCCAGCCCAUACAGCCCCACAUCAUCAAGGAUCCACCUCCAAACUUCUGGGUCCCUUCCACCAACCUAUCACUGAGGCUCUCCCCUGGCUUCUUCCACACCCAUUUCCUUCCAUCUGAUCCCAUCCUGUUAAUCUUUGUCUCAUCUGACCAUACCACCCUUCUCCAGUCCUCCACAGUCCAAUAUUAGUGAGCCAAAGCGAAGUCCAUCCUCUCCUUUCAAUGCCUUGCAGCGAGUAAAGGCCUUCUGCGCUUUACUACAGCCUUCAUUCCUGCCUUCUUCAACCCUCUUCGCACUGUCUCUGCAUUGACAACCCUCCCAGUAACAUCUCCAAGAGCUCUGGCCACAGCAGGAGAUGUGGUAGCCUUGCCAGUCCCAAUGAGUCGAGUAGCAUAGUGAAGAUUGGCAGUAGAAAGAAGGGAAGGUCGUCCUCCUUUGGCCUUAGAAAUGGUGGGACAGUGUGUGGAGCGUAGUUUACUGAUGGUCGAGUAGUGUAGACCAGUCAAAGCUUCAAUUUCUCGAAGAGAUUUGCCAUUCUGAAGCAAAGCGAUGACAUGGUUGACAGUUUCAGUAGCAACAGCUUUUGGCAUGAUGUUGGUU